AUGCAGGAGUCGUUGAGUAGUUUUGAUAAGGAAACUCAUAGUACUGGAGGAUUAGGAGAUCAAGAUGCUCAAGAGGAACAGAUGAGUUGGUUUAAAAGGGUUUACAGUUGGAUUGUUGUUAUUGAUGGUGAUGUGGAUAUUCUACGUGGGAGAGGUUACCAUUAUGUUCCUGAGGUUACUAAUUAUAUGUUUUUCCUUGGUGGGAGAUUCAGGACGGUCAAAACCAAGAAACAUUUAUCAUUAAUAGUGAUGUUUUUAAUAAUUGCUCCGAUGGUUCUGUUCUCUAUCUUCGAGACUCACAAGUUAUGGCAUACCAAGUAUGGGUACAAGCUAUUAGUUAUCUUUUUU